AUUAAACACAGGAGUUGGUGUACACCUAGAAACGCGUUGUUGCUAUAAGGCUGUAACUUCAUCCAAUCGUCUUCAAAAUGACGGCCAAGCAAGAAAUGAUGAAUGAAAUUGACGAUAUGAGAGAAACGUUCGCCUUACUGGACACUGACGGGACAGGCUCUAUAUCCAUACAAAGAAUGGGGCUUGUGAUACGAGCCCUUGGACAUUAUCCAACAGAGGCUCAAAUCAAGGAUUUGCAGAAAGUAGCGAAGGAAUCGGAUACAAAUGGAAACGACCUAAUUGAGUUUCCAGAAUUUUUGUCCUUAUACACAUCAUUCAAGAAACUUAUUCCUGAAAAUCUAAACCAUUUCAAAGAAAUAAGGGCGGCAUUCCAAUUGUUCGACCAAGAUGGUGACGAGGUCAUAUCAGUAGAUCAAUUCCGACGAAUCCUGGCAAACUGUGGAGAAAAACUACAAAAACAUGAAGUCGACGAUAUUCUGAAGGAUGCAGAUGUUGACGGAGAUGGAUUUAUAAAUUAUGAAGAGUUUACCAAAACCCUCGUGGGUCGGAUUUGAGAAUAAAUCACUGACGGUAUGGACAAAUGAGAAAAUCGCCACAGCAACACAACAUGUGUAAAUACGAACAUUAAAAAUGAAAUAUUACCGAAUCUGCAUUUAGUCAAAGCACACAGUGAGAUAGUUAUUUAUCAUCUAUAUACUACUUUGUAACACCUAUCGGUAACGUGAUAAAUUCGUUAUCAUGGGUUGUCAGUAUGAGAAUACACAAGAGAUGAAAUUGAGAAUGACUUGAAAACAACUGGAGAAUGGAUUUUCCCUUUGGGACUGUUUUUCCUUAGAAAGAACAUCUGCUGACGCAAGGUGACGUCAUGAAUGGAAAA